AUGGCUCCUUCUUCUCCGAGUGUUACUGAUUCGCAAGCUCCGUCAACAACACUCGAAGCCGUAGAGAACGAUCUUCAGCCGUUCUUUGUUCUUCAUAAAUCUUCAUCCCAAAGAAAAGACAGAACACCAACAAGACGGGGAAAAUUGCGCAAGAGAAAUGAGCCAUCUUCAUCAUCACCACAAGGUGCAAAGAAACUGGAAGGAAGUAUGACUGAAGAAUCUGAUUGCUUGCAAAUUGAAACUUUCGACAUUGUCUGGACAAAAAUUGAGUCUACCAUUAAGGACGUGUUGAGAGAUCUCAAUGCUAGUGUAUUUAAUGAUAUACAACAAUGGGUUCUAGAGUGCUUCAAUGCUACUAGAUUGCUUGGAGAACGUAAUAUUGCUGAAGCAACUCGGUCUUUCCCUAUUCUAAAAAAUAUUACCCCAGGGCAGCUGUUUACUGCAUUAGUUAUUAUCAGAAACAUAGAGUUUGUAGAUGAUAUAUUGACAUUUGAAGAGCUUGGCCAUUUCCUGAAAUCCCAUGGAUGCCAUGUGGCUAUGCUUUCAUCGCUGGAAUUUUCGUUAAAAAAUGGGAUUGCUGGUUGCUUGAAAGCUUUACUGCGGGAGUUUCUAGGGGGUACUAUAGAUUCAGCUGAUAUAUCAAUCUUAGCAUCAUGGUAUAGAGAACAAGACAACUACAACAAACCACUAGUGCUGAUCAUUAAUGACUUGGAAAGAUGUUGUGGAUCAGUCUUAACUGAUUUCAUUCUGAUGGUGAGUGAAUGGGUUAUCAAGGUCCCAAUCAUCUUAAUAUUUGGAGUUGCAACGUCAGUGGAUACCCCUAGAAACAUUCUGCCAUCACAUGCUCUUGAGCGAUUGUGCCCGUCUAAGUUUAUGCUUGGAACCCCAGCUGAGAGAAUGGAUGCAAUUGUUGAGGCUGUUCUUGUGAAAAAUUGCACCACAUUUAAUAUUGGUCAUAAAGUGGCACUCUUCCUGAGAAACUACUUCGUCAACCAGGAUGGGACAGUAACAUCUUUUAUACGAGCUUUGAAGGUAGCAUGCUUUUUACAUUUCUCUAAGGAACCUCUGAGUCUCAUACCUGGGCGAAUACUCACAGAGGACAAAAAGGGAAAAUCUGCAUUAUCACCUGAGACUAUGUUGAAAUACAUGGAUGAACUUCCAUCGUAUGCAAGGAAUCAAAUCGUUGAUCAGACUAGAAAGAGCAUGGCUCAGGGUUUGUCAGAAUUGGUGACAGUGCAGAAGCUAUGGAGCACUGCAGUUCUCUGCCUAUAUGAAGCUGGAAAAUAUAGCAGAGUACGACUGCUGGAUUUGUUUUGUGAAGUGCUCAAUCCAGAUUUGUACCUGUCAAGGGGUUCUGAUUGUCAUGUGGGGAAUGGAAAAGAUCAUGGGGAUCUCCCUACAGGAAUGCUAUAUCAGUUGAUUGAGAAUUGGGAAAAACUUACUGCAGAUAUUUCUGAGAUUCACGAGAAAUUGAAAAUGUUGCAAUCUUCAGUAAGAUGUGAAGAUGGAAAGAGUCCACGCAAGAGUUCCAAGGACAUUUCCAAGAGAUUUGCGUCCAGGGUCUCAGUAAACAUUGAGAAGGACUCGAGAAUGUUAAACUCGCAAGCUCUCACAUUUAUAGAUUGUUUAGUUAGAGAUUAUUUGAGGCCCAUUGAAGGCAUGCCUUUUCAUGAAAUUUUCUGCUUCAAGAAUGUUGAGAAGCUUCAAUUGGUUUUGAUUGGAGAUCCAAGAAGAAGGAUUCAACUUGAUCUGUUGGAGCUCCAUGAGAUUUUAGGGUGCCAUUGCUGUCACACGAGUGGCAAUGCCCUAUUGCCAUCCAAACAUGAUACCUCAAUUAUGUAUUCCCUGGCUCAAGAGCAUGGAGAUCUUAUCAAUGUUCAUGACUGGUACCAGUCUUUUAGAGCAAUUGCUUUUCAACAUACGAAUAAACGGAAACAAAAAUCGAAGCAGUCCCCCCUACCAAAGAAGAGAAAAGAUACAAAUGAAUCUGGAGACCAAAAUGAAGCAUCAAUUCAAGCUCGCUUUUGCAGGGCAGUUACAGAGCUGCAGAUAGCUGGGCUAGUUAAAAUGCCAAGCAAGAGACGCCCAAAUUUUGUACAAAGAGUAGCAUUUGGACUUUGAAUGCAGGG